GUGUGCUAUACGCAGUGGAUGUGCAGUGUGCUAUACGCAGUGGAUGUGCAGUGUGCUAUACGCAGUGGAUGUGCAGUGUGCUAUACGCAGUGGAUGUGCAGUGUACUGAUAACAAUUACCGAGUGCAGUGCGGUGCAGUGCUGGAGCAUCAUCCUGUGAUGUUACAAAGACAUUCAUCCCCGCACAGCUGGUGGUGACAACUGCACCAAUCACUGAUGAGUAGCUGACAAGCGAUGGCGCCGCGCAGGCAGCCCGCGUCUCUGCAGGUGCGAUGUGUGCAGCACUUCGUGCAGCUGCUGCACGGUCUCUGCCAGCAGCAGCCGUUUGCAGAGCAGCCCUACCCUGACCUCAUGGCUGUGCAGACUGUGCUGCAGGAGAGGCUGCCACAGUCUCUGCAGGCUGUGCUAGGUGAACGAACGCUGGCCUACGUGGAAGGCCUACAGAUGCCGGUGACGCAAUGGCACGUGCACCUCCUGCUGCAGCUGAGGGUGCGGCGGUUGUCCGUCUCAGGUUCUGUGGUCCACGUCGGGGUCUUGGACGCCGAAGACGCCUCAAUGCUGCAGCAGCUGUCAUUGUUCUACGGCGGUUGCGGGGACAGGGCCUGCAAAAUGUACAAUUUCCUCCGGGGUGCCAUAAACUUGACGCACUUGCAGUGCACGGAUUUCUGCAACGAUGACAUGCUGCAGAUUGUGGCUCGCACUUGCCCACACCUCAACUGCCUGGCCCUACACGCGUGCGACGUCACCAAUGAAGGAGUUAUUAAAUUGUGUGGUUUGAGUGAGGAUAUUAGGAAAAACAUCGAAAGUUUGACGAAUGGAGAGAAUUUGGAGCCGUUGUCGGUUUGUGCUCAUUCUCUAAAGCAGAUUAAAUUAACUAUGACCAAAGUGACAGAAGCGGGAGUCGCCAUCAUACUAUUGGUUUUGCCUGAAAUCCAACUGCUCCGCGUUCCCGACAUUCAAAUGCAACAGUUGUUCACAUUCUUAGGCAAGUUAAGGAACUGCAAUGUUCAAACAAACUUGAAAGAGUUUCAUUCAAGGGAAAUUCUGGAUGAAUUCCAGUUGUCAGUCCUAGCCAGACUUUGUCCGAACCUAGAGUACGUGCAAGUGACGUUCAUAGGCACAGCUGAAGUAGAUAUCAGGCGCUUAAGAAGUUUGGUGCAAGUUAAGAAACUCAAAGGCGUCAAACUCGGCGAUGUGAACAGUGAAGCGCUGAUUUGGUUCAUGGAGGAAAUGGGCAGUAAGAUGGAGCUGCUACACCUCUUCACUUACCACACCAGAUUCUCUCAGGAAAAGUUGCGCAUGACGCGACGACAUCUGCAGAGUUUAGCUCGAUGUUGUCCCGUCCUGAACACCCUCAACAUCGACGGCUACAGUCUUGACGAAGACGAACUCCCCAUCACUGACGACUUGCAGUACUUUCGAGCCCUGCAGCAUUUGCAGUUGUGGUCAAUACGACUCACCGAGAGCGACGUAAGAGUUUUUCUCUCCAAAUGUUGGCAUAUCCAAGCACUGGAUAUUGUGUUACUGAAUCCUUUUGUCCUGCAGGACCAUUUAAUUAACCAGUUCAUUGACUCUGGGGUCUGGAAGGAUCUUGUCAAAGUUAGGAUCUUGAACUCGCCCAUCACGUAUAAGGUCCUGGGGAAGCUGGUGAAGGAGUGUCCUCGGCUGCGAGAGUUGGGUUGUCUCUACACUUGGUUGAUAUCCAAGUGUCAGGUCACCGAAUUCAAAAAUAUGGUGCGGCUUGAAAACCUAGAUCUAGAAAUAUAUUAAGCUGUAGAUUUCCGUCUGGAGCCAUACUAGCCAUUUUAGUAUUACUUAAUAUUUAGAACUAUUCCCUAUGCUAGAUAAUGUUAAUAUAUCUAGAUAUUUAUUGCGAUUAUGGUGUUUCAUGUUGUUAUAUAUACGCUUACGUCAUGAGACGCUUAGCUGAUUAUAUUUAUUUAUGUCGUGUACUUCCCUGUAUAUCGUAAAAAUGUAAGCACCCAUUCACUUUUAUCGUAUUGCUUGCGACGUCUGCAAGAAGUUGCUAUGUGCUAGAAGCUAGAAUGUGAAUCGAAGUGAAAUAUUCUAAACAAUCUCUAUCGAAACGACAAUUUUCAUCUUAAUUUCAUUUUAUGUUGGUUUGUGCAAAAAAAAUAAUAAUUUGUGUGUUUUUCGACUUAUUGAAAAUACCCGCGCUAUUUCUUUGCGGUAACUGCUUUCUUUUCUCCAGCGAAGCGAGAGGCUGAAUUUGCUUACCUCAAACCAAUGCUUAUUAUAAGGAAUGGGUUGCUUCUUCUUCAGGUUCCCAUCGUAUUAUGAUGAAAAUAAUUUUUUGUGUUUUCCAGGUUCAGUUCUGUUUUUGAAUGCUUUAGUUAUUUAGUAUAUAAGUCGAUUCAAGAAGUCUUGGUUACAUGGCGUCAUGUUCAUCAGUUCAGCCGUUACGAUCGGUUAUCUCCCCGCACAAGCUCUUGCUAAAGCUGUAGGGUGCUCGAAGGUAUGUGUAAUUUCAGCCUAUUGUAUAUGAAGUCAAUUGUGUACUUCAAAGUUCAACUUGAUUACUGCUCUAUAUAAAGUGGAGGAAUGCGA